CUCUGAUAAACUUUUUUCUUCUUGCAUUUGAUCAGAUGGAGAGAUUAGAUGGUGCAAGAAGAGUCCAAAGAUGGAGAAUCUCCAUGAAAUCUCUCCUUUGUUCAAUGUUCUGUACUGUGAUGGCCGUGAGAUUAAGAAAAGUCCCUAGAUGGGAAAAUAUGGAUAGAGAUAUUUUGGCAAAGAUUUUCGAGAAGCUCAACGUAAUAGAUGUUACCAUGGGAGUAUCACGCGUCUGCAUCUCUUGGUUCCUUGUCUCUCACCAAAAAUCUCUAUUGAAAACCAUCGAACUUGCCUAUCUCCAACAUGUCGACCUUAACCAUCCUCGACUGAAACACUCGCGGGUUUUGAUUGAAAUCGCCAAAUUUUGCAGUACCGUACCAACCGGUUUGUUCUUCAACAUCUAUUCUUGCGUGGAAGAUAAGGAUCUCAUCAUCGCUGCUGAGAGGAUACCAAAUAUCAAAAAAAUUGCCUUGCCGCGAUGGGGAAAUGUAAGAGACGAUGCAUAGAUUAAGUCAAUGGAAGAACCUUCACACAUUAAUCAUCUCUCCAGCCUUUUACGUGAACGAGAGAAUCAAGUUUAAACUCGUUUCAGAAAACUGCAUCAAUCUCACAAACCUGAAACUUUUGGGUUACGUAGACGAAUCUUUAGCUAUAGGACUCGUGCGUUACCUCCCUACGAUCAAGAGGCUGAGUAUGCGAUGUUGUAUUAUCGAAAAUAUUAAAGAAGUUUCAGUCCGCCCGCAUCAUAAGCCUCCAAAACCUAGCGUUCCUUAAUCUCUCACAUUGCAAAUUCAAAGGAAGAUUUACCGAUCCAAUGUUGGGCAUGGUACUUGAGGACAGUCUUGUAGAUGCUUUCACUCAGAAGAUUGACACAUUUAUCAUGUGUUCGAAAGUCGGUUGCUGGAUAUGCGAAGAUCCAUGUCACUACUCGUUUGCUUUUUACGAUAAGCAUUGGCGAAAUGAUGAGAUAAAGGAACUUGAAUUCUGAAAUGUUGAAAAGCUAUUCUUGUUUGUUUUAACAAGUCCUCGGAUUCUAUUUCACAUAUUACAUAUAAACCACUGUCAUUACAGUAUUUGUAUAAAUCAAUUUUCAUAUCAAAAAGUCUUCAUUUAAGUCUUU